AUGGCCAACUCCGCCGAGCUACCACCACCAACUUCAAAUCUCCGCCGCCGUAACUCUAUAUCCACUUCUUCAGUCAUCCCAGCCACUCUCUCUCUUCCAGCCGCCGCCGCCGCCAAGUCUCGCCACAGCUCAAGCUUCCCAAUCCAAAACCGAAAUGGUUACGCGGCUCAUCCGCCGCCAUCCCUAGACUUCGAGCUCAUCUCUUUCAAGAACUCUUCUUCUUCUUCUUCUUCCCAACCUUACACUUCAUUAAAAGACCUCUUACCCUUUUCCCCUUCCGCCGUCGGGAUCAACUCGCCGACGGCAGUUUCCUCCGGCUACGAGAUCUCUAUCCGCAACCGGCUCGUGAAGCAGGCCGCUUGGGCUUACCUCCAGCCCAUGUCUUCUUCUCCCAGCUCCAACGGCUCACACUUCCUCGGCCGUAUCUGGGUCAGGCUCGCCGCCGUUCACAACCCCGUCACGUCUUGUCUCGGCUUCUUCAGACGAGUCGUAGUUCCUACUUUGAUCAGAGCCGUUGAUCGGAUUCUCAUUGCCCUUCGAGUCCGUUCGGCCAGAUAACGGUGAUUAUAAUUUCUAAUUACGUUUUCAUGCUCUGUUUUUUCUUUGCUUGGGUGAGAAAUUGUAAUGAAAAUCACUAGUAAAAAGAAGCCAUCUUUUUUUUUUUUUUUGAUUUUAUAAAAUGGAAAUCAGCAUAUAUUACAGGAAUAAAAAUAAAUAAAUAAAAAAAAAAAGAAAGAAAGAAAUGAAUUUCUA